AAGCAAUUCCCCGAAUAUAAAAUGUAAGUGGGACAUUCUCAAGGAAGAGCUUAUUCAGUUUUACUAAUAUUAGCAAACACCCUGAUGGUUAGUUUGAAUCGUAAUAUGGAAUUGAAUGAUUUUAAGGGUAUAUUUUAUUGGGAAUGGAGCCAUCGAAUGAUUGGACGUUUCAUUGGUCUGACUUUAGCCCUACCUGCUCUCUACUUUGCUCAACGCGGAUAUAUGACAAAAGCUGUGCAAAAGCGUUCCUUGUUCAUUUUGAGUGUUAUGGGCUUCCAAGGAUUUAUGGGCUGGUAUAUGGUCAAAUCAGGGCUUAGUGAAGCAUUAAUGAAGGAGCCCGGCGCCGUUCCUCGUGUUAGUCAAUACCGUUUAACUGCUCAUUUUGCCACUGCUCUGAUAAUUUAUGCCAGUUCCAUCUUCACAGCUGCUGAUAUUCUUCGAGACAAUAAAAUAUUGAAUGGUACCUAUCCCAAGAAGGUUGCUGAGAUGCUCAACAGUCCUGCUAUAAAACCUUUCCGUAAAUACUCUCAUUGGGUUCUUGGUCUCAUUACGUUAACAGCCCUUUCUGGAGGCCUUGUUGCUGGUUUAGAUGCUGGUUUGAUUUAUACUGAAUACCCCAAAAUGGGCGAAGGCUACAUCCCUCCAAAGGAUGAACUUUGGAGCGAUCAUUAUAAGAAGGAAACUGAUACCGGUAAGUGGCGUAACCUUCUAGAAAAUCCCGUAACAGCUCAAUUCGAUCACCGUACCUUGGCAGAAUUAACAGCUGUCGCCACCACUUGUCUAUGGGCGUAUUCUCGUCGUGUGCCUUUACCAAAGAAUGCUAGAAAUGCCAUUAAUGCUAUGAUGUUGGCUGCUGCUACCCAAGUGACUUUGGGUAUUUGUACCCUCAUUUACAUGGUUCCAAUCGAACUGGCCGCAUCACAUCAAGCAGGCGCUUUGGCUUUGCUAACCUCUAACUUUUGGUUAGUACAUGCUUUACGUAAAGUUCCUUUAUAAAUGCCUACCAAAAUUAAUUUCUGUAAAUUCUCAUUCCUGUAAUACUAUGCAAGACCCUAUUCCACUUUUCUUAUCAUUAUAAACAUUUAUCUAUUAUUCAAAAAAUUUUGACUGUCAAGUUGUCCAAUCAGUACAAGAAAUCCUCAAAACCGUUCUUAUUCAUUUUCAAUCGGCUAAACUUGUGUUUCCCAGUGUAUCUUCAUAAACAUUUAACAAAAUGGUGACACUUACUUCUGAUGGUGGGAAGGAAGGUGUGGCAGUAGGAUGCAAAGUUUGUGCCAGCGUUUAUUUGUUCAAAACCCAUACGAAAAGGAGAAAUACUUUGCCUCCUUUGCUAUCUCUUUCUUUAAAUAUAAAGCGCUUUAAGCAUACUGUAUAGCGUACAUAAAUAGUCGUAGUCGUAUCGAUGCAACUUCCCUG